AAAGCUUGUAACUAUGCCUCCAUACAUCAAAGGAGGAUUUUCCCCUCUUCCAAAGCAGAAGAAGAGAGGAAGAGGAAGCGAAAAGGUUCGCAGAGCAGAAGCCAUGAACGCACCCGAUCGUUACGAGCGAUUCGUCGUCCCCGAAGGCACCAAGAAGGUUUCAUACGAGAGGGACACCAAGAUCAUAAAUGCCGCCUCCUUCAUUAUAGAGAGGGAGGAGCACACAAUCGGCAACAUACGGCGCAUGCAGCUUCACUUGGACGAGAAUGCUCUGUUUGCUGGAUACAAGCUGCCUCACCCUCUGCAGUACAAAAUCAUUAUCAGGUGGAAGCGAAGGCUUUUGAUUACAUAAUCUCAGUAGAAUAAGGGCAUGCACCUCCCAGUUGAUCCUCUUCUGUUAUCCUUGCGGUUUGUUGAAGAGAAUGGAUGGGUUGGUUGUAGAUGAAAAUCCUAUUGGUGCAAAGUUCAGUUCUCAACCCUCCUCUGUCCCAGCCCACACCUCCAUUUCUGUUUGGAGUUGGAUGACAAAGUUUUGUUGGACGACGAUGGUGAAUGUUCCUGUGUGGUGUUGAAUGAUUUCUCUAGGGUUCUAACCAGCUUGAUGCUGCUUUGUAGAUUCACACCACCGGUCAGUCUUCACCAAUGCAGGCAUAUAACCUGGCCAUCAAUGAUCUUGACAAGGAACUUGACCACUUGAGAUCUGCGUUCGAGGAUGAGAUUGCCAACCAUUCGGAGUACUAGGAAUUACUGAUGGAGUCAGAGCUGAGGAUUUGCCAGUUAGAUUAGAGUACUGAACGUAGCUUGAGCAAAAAAAUGUAGACGAUCUCCCAGGGCAUCUGACUUGUACGUUAGACUGGGAGUUAAAGAGUUCGUGUGCAGCUCUGCUAUUGUUUAGAGUACAUAGGAGACCUCGGACGAUACUACUCUAGAUGAUCUGUUCCCAGUUCCUUGUUUUCUGCAAUGCUUCAGUUUUCGAAUUUGGUAAAAUCACAGAAGCAAUGCUUGAAUGGAAUACCCUGCCUGCUGUAAGGAUGGUUGAAUACAUGAUAGUAGAAGUAUUACUAACUAUCAUUUACGACUUUGAACAUUGUGUACUAUAAGAUACCAUCCCAUACCAGGGUGGUAUGGAGUGGUCCUUUUUGGUAAUGUAUUUUUUCACCCAGAAAUUUAUAGAUACAAUUUAUCAUGAUGAACUCGUUUUU